AUGGAUCAGGCUGUGGAAGUUGCUCCACGUCGAUUGGGAACAACUACACAGUUAUCUGGUGUGGCACCUGUAGUUACAGCGCCGAUGUCUAAUCAACUUAUUUAUUUGACAAAAAGUCCUGAUUAUUGUGAAGAAGAUUUAUCUGCAGGAAGUUUUGGUACCAAAGGAAGGACCUGUUCGGUGGGUGUUACAGGACUUAGUGUUGGCAGUUGCCACCAUUUGUGUUGUGGUCGUGGCUACAAUACGGUUGUUGAGGAGAAAAUUGAAAGAUGUCACUGUGUUUAUCAUUGGUGCUGCUACGUUAAAUGUAAAACUUGUAUAACUACCACCCAACGACAAGAAUGCAAUUAA